UGGUAUGUUUUUGAUCUGGCAGAUAUGCUGACCAAAUUCGAGACGAAGAGCAACCGGGUGAAGGGUGUGAGCUUCCACAGCAGACGUCCCUGGGUCCUUGCAAGCUUUCACAGUGGCGUUAUCUAGCUAUGAGAUUACCGCAUGGGCACUCUCAUCGACCGCUUCGAUGAGCACCGGUACUAUGUAGUCUUGAAGACCAAAUUUAACGGGCCAGACGGUUAGUAAUAAUGGGCAUUAAAAGUGAUGCGCUGUGCUUUUGUCCUCCUCCGGCCCACGGCCGUCCCUCUUCCUCCUCCGUCGCCCUCAAACACUCACAGCGCUUCUGCUCACACUACUCGCUUUCUGCGAUACGGCGCAAGCUCUUUCUUUCAUCCGUCCUUCGCCACUUCCAAACCCUAGCCGCUCCUCCUACCAACGUCUCCGGCAGCCGCCCAUACUCCACAACCUUAUUUAUUAGUCGAUUCGGUUCCCACGACCGCGAUUAUGGUCUAAGUGCUACUCCUCGGUAGCUUCCCAAUCUCACUUCUUCCAAGAUGAGAAGCAGGGUUACUUCCCUUCGAGAUACUCCGAGGAUGCGAAGAAAGGAAGAUUGGUCACCGUUAAUGCCUAUUUUCUAUCUACCAUGUCUAUUUCUCGAUUCAGUAUUGUUGAUUUGAAAAGCUUGAGGGCGCAGAAUGCGUUCAAUCUCAUUUCUCUGGCUUCUCGUGUCAGUGACUGUGUCAUUCUUAGAUUCUACGACAAUAACUUCAAGUUCAAGAGUGAUCCUCAGGAGAUGACUAUAAGAUUAAGGUAUGGAAUUAUAAGACACUGGUGCUUCUCCUUGGUCAUCUUGAUUACAGUCGCACUGUGCAGUUCCAUGAUGAACAUCCAUGGAUUGUUAGCGCAAGUGAUGACCAAACUAUUAGGAUAUGGAAUUGGCAAUCUCAGACCUGCAUAUCUUUAUUGACAGGGAACAACCACUAUGUGAUGUGUGCCUCAUUUUAUCCAUCAUCGCUACUAAAGUCCUUCCUCAUCUUUGACAGUUUCAUCUUCUUGAUCUCUUGAUUGCAAGUAUUAAUUGAUUGAUGCAUGCAAUGUGUUUGAUGAAUUUUCUCAAACACUAUCCUGAGUUGAUUUUAUCAUUUUUGUUUGCUAGAUUGAGG